AUGCCACCGUCAGGAGAUUCCAAUAGUAAUGGAGUUGUCUCUGGUGGUUUAGCUUUAUCGCUGGGUGGACAGAAUUCGCUACAAUUUCUGAUUUCGCACAUCCUCGGCACAUCGGCUCGAGCACCUCAUCAUCUCUCAGUGCAAGACAACUAUGUAGCCUAUGCUGCCAGUGGAGGUGUUGUCGUCCGUCAGUUGGACUUGGAAAAUAAUAACGCCGUUAUCUCGGAGCGGUUCUUUUGCGCCAACUCCAGUUCAGGCAAUGAAAACACUGCAAACAGCAUCCUGCCAUCUGGUCCAGAUGCAUAUCUCAACAUGGCACUUGAAAUGGAAAGUAGUCACAAUUUGCAUCAAAAUCUCCAUCAGAGUUCCAAGGAUGUUCAGCCUGUAAGAGAUAGAUAUGGCUAUUCUAUCGCAACUGAACCUAUCGUUGUUGGAGGUAGCAACAAUAUCGGAAAUAUUGCAGAAUUAACCCAAAGUGUUCACGACAUCGACUUAUCUUCGCCAUCCAAGUUGAAAGACAGAGUCAGGUCCAUAAACUGUAUGUGCAUAUCACCUAACAAACGUUUGCUAGCCAUCGGUGAAACGGGUUAUCAGCCACGGAUACUUCUCUUCUCAUUGGCACCAGACCUGAGCUCAAAUCCUGUUGCACUUAUAUAUGAACACUCUUUUGGUAUUAAAUCGCUCUGUUUUCUGGCAGAUCUGCGCUAUCUUUGCUCUCUUGGUCUUGUGAAUGAUGGCUGUAUAAAUGUCUGGAGGAUUUCUAACUCUGAUGUGCAGUUAGCAGCUAACAAUAGGUGCUCUUCUGUGGUGAACAGAUUGUUCUGGCAUGAGGACUACAUCAUCACCUUGGGAUUACGUUUCAUAAAAGUUUGGAGGUUUUCGAGUAAAGAAGACAACGACAGAAUCCUGGACAAACCUCUAGCACUAAAAGGUAAAAGUGUCCUUUUGGGAUCGCUAAUAAGCUCGAAUUUCACAGACAUAUCUGCCUUGAACAACGACGAAUUGCUCAUAAUAACAAACAACAACCAAUUGCUCUUGCUCAAGUUAAAUAGUGAACUCAAACUCAUUUCAUUAGAAACGCCCCCGUUUGAUUUCGAUACCUUAUUGGUAGAUUAUGAGCUUGAAAAGAUAUGGUUUGGAUCCAAUUCCAAGCUAGAAUCGUAUUCUAUAAACGAUUUGAAACCUAGCUCUGUUUCAACUCCUCUGACGCCUUCUUCCAGAGUAAAUUCUGUAUUUGGAGCACAAACUAACGAAAACGUGCGGACAGUUCCUAUUCUUAGACUCUUCAAUCUCAGUUCCAACUACAUCAUAUACCUUUCACAUCGUGAAGAAAUUGUAUUGUACAAUAAGUUCAAGUGUGACAUCGAAAGUAGAGUAGCCAGCUCCUUGAUGAGCGAGCUAGCAGGUUUCAAGAACUGCCAUCUGGGAGACCUAUUGGUGUAUUCGCAUUCUGGUAUGAUUAAGAGGGUUACAAAGGACUAUGAAUUAGAGACCAUUUUGAAGUUUAACUUGCCGUCAAACGAACUCAUAUCAAAUUCGCUUAUGGCCGUAGACUCCAACAAUGAUUCACUUUUGUUGGGAGACAAGUAUGGAACAUUGUAUGUUGUCAAGAUAACAGAAGAAAAAGCAUCUGAAAUUGUAUAUCAAAUCAAAGCACAUUCAUCUUCAAUUAACGACAUAGUAUACUACGAAUUUGGAGACUUUCAGUUGAUAACAAGCAUAGCAAGAGAUCGUAUGAUACAAUUCUUCUACAAAAAACCAGGUACCAACUGGGACAUCUUGCAAACUAUACCUAUCCACAAUGGCAAUUUAUUGAAAAUUCAGUAUCACAACAGCAGGAUAUAUGUCUGCUCAUCUGAUAGAACUAUCUCUAUUCACAAACUUGAAGUUGUUGAGAGUGAAUUGAGGGUUUUCCAAGAGAAGAUAUUAUCUAUGAAAUGUAGUCCGAUCACUUUGAAAAUUGUAGACGACGAUUUGAUCGUGUCUACAAACGACAAAACUUUGUCAAUAUAUCUGGUAUCUCAGGGAUUUGAGCUAUCACGGACUUUAAAGCUUGUUAACGGUAAAAAUAACGAGAGCUUACUUGUGGAGAACAUCAUUGUAUUUAAGAAUUUGCUCAUAACUUCCUCGACAGACAAGUCUCUCAGAGUAUUCAAUUAUCAUACUGGCAGACCAAUGAGUGUAGCCUGGGGUCACCUGGAUGUGAUAUUAAGCUUGGAAUUAAGUUCCAAUGAAGACUUGAUUUCCAUUGGGAAGGACGGUUGCUUGUUCACUUGGAAGAUUAAUGAAUCGACAGCAACAAAGAAUAACACAUAUAAGGAAGAUACAACAUAUAAGGAGGAAAGUAAUGUGAUUCCUAUGUAUGCCAAUGUAACCAGAAAGAUUCUUCCUAUUUCUCCCAUAAAGAUCAAUGCACCCAAGAUCGAAACAUGCACAAAAGAGGCGCCAUCUCCACGUAAUUCUAUAUCUCCCAGACUUACAAACGCAACUUUGAAGAGAAUCGAAGCCCGUAGAGCUAGUUCUCAGAGUCCCACUAGAGAUUCGGGUAGAUCAAAAUCGGUUUCUACUGCGAAGCCAUCCUUGUCUAUCAAACCUUUAGAAAAGGCACACACUAUAAGCACACUUUCCUCUACCGCGGGACCAGGACUUACUUCUCCAAGAAGACCAUUGUCUCCCAUUAGACGCAGUCCAUCCAGAAAUCUGUUAGAUCAUUCACCAGUAAGGAGUCUGUUGGAUCAUUCACCCAUGAAGCUUUCAAAGCCACAUAUCUUAUUUAGUCAUGAUGAAAAAAGAACCGCAGACCAACCUUUCGUGGAUACAGCUCUAGCCCAAUUGCAGUUUAUUGAUUCUAAACUUCAAAGAGAAGUUAUAAGCAACAACGAUAAGGCCAAAUUGUUAACCAAACUCGACUCUAUUUUUAGACAAUUAGGUGGAGAUAAGGAGCUGACUAAAAGUAACGUUCGAGACAAAAGGACUGAAAUUAGCCAGAAUAGAGAAGCAGAUGAAAGAGAAUUGUUGGAGUCAUACAGCGAUAAGCUUCUUCAACUUAUGGAAUCUAAACUUGAGUCGAAGUAUUCCAAGCAAGUUCCUCCACUUUUCAUUGGAGAAAACCACUCUUCGAUUUCAACAACUUCCCAAGACUCGCUGGAGGACAUAGAUUAA